AUGCUGCGCUCGCGCUCAUGGCCCCAGGUUCUGUCCCGGGUCUUGCGACCCAAUUGCCAGGGUGUGACUUUUUUCCUCUCCUCUUCGCAUAGACCGUUCACUCAGUCACCCGCUUUACCCGCUAAACCUCUCCCGCCCCGUCUGAAGAUCAACGAUGCCGACCUGACAUUAUCCUACCUCAAAGGUACCGGGCCUGGCGGCCAGAAGAUCAAUAAAACGAACUCCGCAGUCCAAAUCAUCCACCAUCCCUCCGGCGUGGUGGUCAAGUGCCAGGCCACACGGUCGCGCUCGCAGAACGAGAAGAUUGCGCGCCAGCUACUGGCGGAUAAAGUCGAGGCGCGGGAGAAAGGGGAACAGAGUCGAGUAGCGCUGAAGGCGGAGGCGGCGCGGAAGAAGAAAGCGAGCAAGAUGAAGAAAGCUAAGCGAAAAUACCGCAGUUUGGACGAGGCCAACAGGAUGGGCGAGGACGAGGGAAUAGACAAUGAUGGCAUUGAGACAGAGAAAAGGGCGGUGGAAGAAGAAACAGACCCAGAACAGUCGGACAAACGCUCUUUGUAA